AUGCCCUCUCAACCGGCUGUGCCACAUCUUCUUGCGCCAUAUCUCUCACCAUCUGCACACUCAGCACAGUCACUUAUACUGAUAACAUCUGUCCUUGCAGCCACUUCAAAUUGGCUUGUCUUACGAUAUUUGAUUUCUAUUCUUUCUUCCACAGAUGUAGCACCCAACAGAGAUGGAGAUGAGCGACCGACCAAGAAGAUAGUGCUCGUCAGUUUCUUGCGGAAUUGGGAUUUUUGGAGGACAGAAGCAAAGAGAUUAGGAUUAGAUUUGCAGAGGUCAGCAGAGGGAGGAAGGCUCAAAUUUGUGGAUGGCCUUAGUGAACUUUACGGCUCUGUCGCCUCGAAACAAGUCAGUCCUACCUCAGUCCGCGGGGCUGGCGUUGGGAGCGGCGUUGGAGCUGCAAGACCAACACCUCUACGAGGGCCAGCAGCUGGCAUAGCCAGGGCGCCACUCGCGCCUCCAUUAGCACAAGCUCCGAGUACUGGCUCUACUACUAGCAGCAGUGGAAGCUCUACGCAGAAGCAACUAUACAUAUCCGGUCAUGGUAAUGCUGCCUUAGAAGGGCUGGAGAAAGAUAUAAUUUCUCUAAUAUCCUCGAUUAAGUCUACAGAGGGUGACGAUCCCCUUUUAAUCCUUGAUCAGCCAGAUCUCCUUCUGGCCGCUACGCCAGGAAUCAAUGCAGCCGAUAUAUCUGAUUGGGUUAUGGCAUUGCAACAGGUGUGUGCUCCCUAUAGCAGGAAGGGUUGUUUGAAGCAGGAACUUAUCAUCCCGGAAACAAAGCACGUCCACUCAACAGUAAUCACCGCGUCCGCCGAUUCCCCUCUCGUACAUACUGCAUAUGCGGCCGGUGAAGACGGCAAAGCUACUCCACUCGAAACACAGCAUUCAGCAUUCGUGGUUGGGCUAGCACACCAAGCGCGAUUAGUGAUGCAGUUACGGACAUUAGAUACAGGCGCGGCAAAGGACAUUAGUGGGGUGCUUAGGAUUAGUAGAGGUGGUGGGUUUGCGAACGAUGCAAAUGAAACGGUGGAGGAAAAAGAGGUCUUGUAUUUUGUGCAGAGGGAUGGGGGCAUAAAGGUAUUCGGAAGAGGUGAAGCGUAA